UCCCAAUCGAACUGAUUCGAAAUCUGAAUUAAAAAUAAAAAGGAGAGAAGAGACAUCUGGCAUUGAUUCUUGAUGUUGCCAGGUUCAAAUAUCCUCCUCAUUGGGUUCCCCUCAGCCUUCUUUGGGAAGCGAUGAAUACUGUUGACGAAUCAACUGGGCAACACAGGGGGUUCAUGCUUGUGUCGAGUCAUCAAAGAUCUGCGGGUCUGCUCCAUUCCCUGAGCUGCAAUCACAAGAGUUGGACUGUUACAGCGAAAUAUUUGAUGGACGACAUGCCAGUGCUAUUAACUUCAAAAACUUUGAAGGAUGUCGAUGACCUAUUGUCAACUGUUCUUACAUCUCUGCCAUCAGAUUUUGUGGACUUGGUAAAAUGGGUGGCAGAGAUUCAUAGCAAAGAGACAGAUAAAGGAAGGAUUGUUAUCAAGGAGGAGGUGUUGAAACAACUGGAAGAAACCAACCUUUACAAGCACAUUGCCUCGAUUUUGUCUCCAGAUAAAAAUAUGGUUAAAAUCAAACAAUCUACAGAUAAGUGUUAUGAUUCGCCUAAUAUUGCUGCAAGCUUCUGCACUGAUGUCUUGACAGUGCUUCUACUUGCAUUGCCCCCGAAGACAUGGUCCGGUGUCAUCGACCAAAGGGUAUUGGACGAAAUAUCUUGCUUGGUUUCCGUAUAGAAUCUUCCUUCCUUGCUUCAAGAAGAGGUUUUCAAUUUACGUUAUCAACUACUUAUGGUGAAACAAUGCAGAGAUAACAAGCUAGAAGAAAAUCCAGUUACGGGUAUCCAGUCGAGCAGCUGUAGCUAUCCUUAUCCGAGCCCGGGAUCUUUGCUCGACGAGGCAAUUUCCCUCGGAAGGUCUAAUGUGUAUUCGAGCCACACUUCGUAUCAGAAAAGCUCUCACCUGAUGACUUCUUGUUUGUUCAACACACCUUUGUCGCCUCGCCACGGAGGCAUCUCUCUCGGAAUCAGUCGAAACAACGGCAAAUAUCAUUGGGAUGGAGGAAUUAGGCAUAUGAUGAUAGUCUGUCCAAAAAAUCUAUUGCAGACGAGGCAUAGUCUGUGGGCUAGAUGCCCCUGUGGUCUAUAAGUG